GGCCCAUAAGGCUCGCUCCUCGGGUCCUCCUCCACUUCAGCGUCUCCCGGUCACCACCGACUCCGGUGAACCCUUCCUCGCCGCCGGCCGGCGAUCUCCGAAUCAGAAAGCGAGUAAACACCCAAUCCUCCGACCUCGUGGACUUCUGACGAGUUGCACUCCGGCCAGUUCGCGUUUGCCCUUUCUCCCGUUCCGUAUUUGCGCCCGCGUUCCUGGCUGGAUCUAACACCGGUCUCUUAUCUUAGCAGCAGGUGCUCGAGAUGGCCACCGCCGCCGCGGAGAGUGGAACCAGGGAGCCGGCGUCCAACGGGGACAAGCCCGAGGAGGAGCCGCAGCAGUUCGACCCCAGCCGGAUGAUUGGCAUUAUCAAAAGGAAGGCGUUGAUCAAGGAGCUAGCUGCUGCUUACCAUGCUGAGUGUGUAGCAAGCUGUAAAGAGCUACUGCAACUCCAGAAAAAGUGGGAGGAGGAGCAACUUGUCGAGGCCAAGAUGCCUGAAGAACUAAAGAUAUCGUCGGCGAAACCUUCUAAGCGCAGGAAGAGGUAGAUUUAGAGGAUGGAGGGGGAGAAAAUAUUGCGAGUGGAAUGCCUGCUGCAUCAUAGUGCUGAAUGUUAGCUUAGUCGAGAGUAAUGUGUGUGAGCAAACAAUACACUCCUGAGUGUGCUACCCGUGAAGUGUGUAUAUGACAGACGGUCUAUUUACUUUCUUUACCGAAAGCUACUAGUAAGAGUUUUACACAUUGGGCUCACGAGCCGCGUGUAUCACGACUUUUUUUGCAUUGAUCGCAAGAGUUACUGAAUGUCUGCAAGACAACGAUUGAACUCUUGUGCUCCUUCCA